CCGGGUGGGCCGAGCCGCGGGGCCCCCCGCGCCUGCCGUCUGCCUAGCCCGCUGGCGCGGGGCGCGCGCCAUGGCCGCCUCGCCGGGCUCGGGCAGCGCCAACCCGCGGAAGUUCAGUGAGAAGAUCGCGCUGCACACGCAGCGGCAGGCCGAGGAGACGCGGGCCUUCGAGCAGCUCAUGACCGACCUCACCCUGUCGCGGGUUCAGUUUCAGAAGCUUCAGCAACUGCGCCUUACACAGUACCACGGGGGAUCCCUACCUAACGUGAGCCAGCUGCGGAGCAGCGCAUCAGAGUUCCAGCCGUCUUUUCAUCAAGCUGAUAACGUCCGUGGAACCCGCCACCAUGGGCUGGUGGAGAGGCCCGCCCGGAACCGCUUCCACCCACUUCACCGACGGGCUGGGGAGAAGCCAGGGAGACAAUUUGAUGGAAAUACUUUUGCAGCCAGUUACUCUUCGCAGCCCCUGGAUGAGAGCUGGCCCAGGCAACAGCCUCCUUGGAAAGAAGAAAAGCAUCCUGGAUUCCGGCUGACAUCUGCACUUAACAGGACCAAUUCUGAUUCUGCUCUUCACACCAGUGCUCUGAGCACCAAGCCCCAGGACCCGUAUGGAGGAGGCGGCCAGUCCCCCUGGCCUGCCCCAUACAUGGGUUUCUGUGAUGGAGAAAAUGAUGGCCAUGGGGAAGUAGCAUCUUUCCCUGGUCCGUUGAAAGAAGAGAAUCUGUUAAAUGUUCCGAAGCCACUGCCUAAACAACUGUGGGAGACCAAGGAGAUCCAGUCUCUGUCUGGGCGCCCUCGAUCCUGUGAUGUUGGGGGCGGCAAUGCUUUCCCACAUAAUGGCCAAAGCAUCGGCCUUUCACCGUUCCUGGGGACCCUGAACACUGGAGGCUCAUUACCAGAUCUAACCAACCUCCACUACUCAGCACCCCUCCCAGCCUCCCUGGACACCAGCGACCACCACUUUGGUAGCAUGAGUGUGGGGAACAGUGUGGGCAAUCUUCCAGCUGCUAUGACUCACCUGGGCAUAAGAAACUCCUCUGGUCUCCAGAGUUCUCGAAGUAACCCUUCCAUCCAAGCCACACUCAAUAAGAUUUCGCUGUCCUCAUCCCUCAAUAGCCACCCACAGACAUCUGUGGCCGGUGCAUCUGCUCUUCACCCGUCACUCAGACCCUUCUCCCUUAGCAACCCGUCUCUUUCCACCACAAGCCUGAGCGGCCCCUCUCGGCGCAGGCAGCCUCCAGUGAGCCCGCUCACGCUCUCUCCUGGCCCUGAAGUACAUCAAGGUUUCAGCAGACAGCUCUCUUCAAGCAGCCCACUGAACCCGUAUCCUGCCUCCCAGAUGGUUUCCUCAGAGCAAAGCCCGCUUUCCUUCCUGCCCACAGAAACUCAAGCCCAAGUGUCUCCACCGCCCCCUUACCCCACACCCCAGGAGCUGCCUCAGCCGCUCCUGCAGCAGCCCCAUGCCCAGGAGCCCCCUGCCCACCAGCCCCAGGCAGCCUCCUCCCUGCCACAGUCGGACUUCCAGCUCCUCGCUGCCCAGGGCUCAUCUCUGACCAACUUCUUCCCAGAUGUGGGCUUUGACCAACAGCCCCUGAGGUCCAACCCUGCCUUUCCUCAACAGGUGCCCUUGGUGCAGCAGAGUCCCCGAGAGCCACACGACUCUUUCCACUUGAGACCAAACCCGUAUCCCAACUGUGGGAACUUCCCACACAGCAUCCUGACAGAAGACACAAGCACCAGCCUGUUCAAAGGCCUUAGUGGGGGGCUGUCGGGCAUGCCCGAGGUCAGCCUGGACAUGGACACUCCCUUUCCAUUGGAAGAGGAGCUGCAGAUCGAACCGUUGAGCCUGGAUGGACUCAGCAUGUUAAGUGACUCUAACAUGGGCCUGCUGGACCCCUCUGUGGAGGAGACGUUUCGAGCUGACCGGCUCUGAGCUAAAUACAGUGAGCAGGGGACUGAAACGGCCAGAACGGAGGCUAGAACGGAGCCAGCAAACACCCUGACAUCAGCCAUCCGCAUGGAGGGAGCCAUGCUGUCCAGGCUCUCCACGCCGUCCUAGCUCAGAUGUCAUGGCUUUUCUCGACACAGCUGCAGCCUGCCUCUGCGGCCUGUGGCCCCCGUUGUACUGCUUGCAAGCCAGCUACUUGGGAGCUUCUGACGACUGGGAAGCUGCCGUGUCACCCUCUAGUCUUUCUGUUGGCCGUCUAGUCCGUGUGUCCACGUAGACAGUGCUGUGUGACAGGUAGCCUCCAUAGCAUCAGAUCCCAGUCAGCACUGGAGAUGAGACCCAGCGUAGGAGUCCUGGGGAGGCCACAGGCCUGCGGAGUUGGUGCAGCGUCACACAACGGUACCAGAGCACCAUGAUGCCUUUCUAUCUGCCCACCAAGGCCGGGCACCCUCCAGCUGGUGAAUAUUCUGGGCCUAGCCAUUGCUCUGCCCGCUGGCGUAAUGAAAACGAAGAAGCCUAACCGCCCGUCCCAGACAAACGGAGUUCGCUUUGCCUUCUCCCGGCCUGUGACCUCUCUUCUGCUGCUCCCCUGAGCUUGGACCUUCUCCUCCAGACAGGAGGAGAGGGAGACGCACUUGCUGGCUGAAGGAAAGUUCCCUGGAAAUAGAGUCUCAAGAGGCAGUGCUCCUUCUGGGAGGCUGUGGGUGUGUCCUGCAAAAGAUGUCCUCCAGCCUAGGCCGGCCACCCUGCAGCCCCACCGGCUGGAGCUGCUGGGACUCCUGUCAGUGCAGAGCAGCUGAACUGCCCUUUCCUUCCCCAGCGUCCUCUGUUGAAUCGAUCCCAUGAGACUGUAAGCUCCGAGAGGGCAGAAACUGUGCCUUGUUCCUUCUUGAACCCCUAGUGCCUACCAGUGCCUGGUAGAAGUGAGUGCUGUGUGACUGGGUGUGGCGCCCAGCCGUGGAUGAGUGAAUGAGAAUGCCGUGUGGUGGGCAGUCCGAGCUGCAGCCAUCUCUGGUCCUUGCUUAAGCUCGGCGCUCCCCUUCUCAUCCUGGUGCCUUGAUUCAUACUCACUUGAGUAUGCCUUAACACGCGAGAUGACCACAUCGGUCACUAGGCUCUGUACCCAUCCUCCUUGGGAUUGUGUCCCUCACAGCUAGGUGGGAAUCAUCCAGAAUGGCUGAGCACACCAAAGCCCCUAAGUGCAGGAGACCUGGGAUCUUCACUAGGCCCCCACAGCAAAAUCUUCCUACUCAGAUCCAUGUUUUGUUCUAAAUUGACUAAAAUGGAGGUACAUACUUUGAGGUUAGGAAACAAGUUUCUAGUGAAUGAGGCCUGACUCCUGGGGCUCUGGCUAUUCAUUAACACCAUGUCACACAGUAAUUGGACCAGCUUCUACCACCACUGCCUCCAGCCCUGAGGGGGUCAAAUGGUGCUGCCACAUAGCAUGCAGGGGAGGAGCCAGGCAUGAGGAGAUGGGGGAGGGGAAGACACCCCAAAGGGGAGUCUUUGCUUGACAGCUGCUACCCUUCCUGAGGCUCGAUGACUGGAUGGCUGUUUCCACCCGGGCAGGCAAGGAUGAAGGAGAAAGAAGCUGCCACAUCUCUGCCUGUGGCAAGAGGAGCCCUCAGACAGGCAGCUGCUCUGCACCUCUCCUCACCAUGACUGCAUCGACUCUUCCCAGGCCUUCCCUGUGACCCUUCAAACAGCCCUGAUGGUGCCAUACCCCUCCUUCCUCUAGUACCCAAGAAUUUCGUGUUCCCUUUUACCUCAGUCUCUGCUGUUGAAUUGGGAAACCAAAUUAGAUCCUGUCUACCCGAUUCCACCCCCGGAAGAUGCCACUGGCCUCUGCUUGUGAGCCCUGUUUCCAGUGGAACUCUCAUAUGCUUUGUGCCUGAGAUCCCAGACAGAGGGACUCUAGUCACUGCACUCCUCAUGCACUCUUCAUGCUGGCCGGCACCCCACCGUGCCACCGAAGCCAGCUCCUCCGUCAGGGGCCCCUGAAAUCAGAUCUCAGCCUUCAGGCAGGGAUGAUGGCAGAGUUUAGAGAAAGGGGGGUCCCAGCUCAGUCUGUUCCCUGUAUCGUGCCUUAUCCGUGAGACCAUUGCAUCGGGGGAAGACUGCGCUGUAAUAGGAGACCCCAAGACCCAUACCCUGAGUUGCCCUGCCCCUGGGGUAUUUUCCAGCCGAUGGGGAAGUAGAUAAAAAGACAAUGCAGUGUAGCACUGAAAGAAAUCUGCUGUUAGGCCCACCAGCCUGAUCUUUCCAUGGGAGACGCUUUAAGCCACUGGACAGCCCACCUUGUCUAGGCGGUAUCGGGGAUGCCAGGAGACAGUGUCGCAUACCCCAGCCAUGUAAGCCUGCACUCGAUGCUGCUGCCUUUGGGACAAGCCUGUCUUAGGCCUCAGCGUUGCAGUGGCUACAGGCUUCCCCAAACCCCCUUUUCAAUGUCUAACUUCGUCACACCAGCUGUACUCGGUUUUUCCUGCUGUGUAGUGGUCGUGGGUUCUAGGAUGUGAGUGUGAGGAGAAAGGUUUUGAUCCUGUCAAAGAUCGGUUCUCCUUUGCCCUGCUCCCUUCUCCUAAGUCUACUGUAUCCUCUGAGCUGAAAAGUGGUGUAUUCAUGCUCAUGCACGUAUCUGUGCACGUAUCUGAAGACGUUUCCUGUUCGCUCUCUCCAGGGCUCUUCUGAUUUAUGCACAGAUGGUUCCCAGCAUUGCCACCCAGCAGCUAAUCAGACUUCCUGCCAGCGUCCCAGCUCCCGGCCCUUUGUUAAGCAAUAUUGAAAGAUUGGACUUUGUAUAAAGUAGCUUCCAAGUUUUAUAAUGCAUCAUUUUACAUCUUUCGUAAUUAAAAGCAGCACAGUAUGGUUGUA